AUGAAUGUGUUUCCCGUGCGCCCCUGCUCACACCGCAUUGUUGUUUUGUACGAUGCAGUGAUUCGACGGGUGGCACGCUACGCCUUGCAAUGGCUUCGUGAGCAUAUGGAGGAACACCAACAUUUCUUGGACAUGCUUAGCUCCUGCCUCGAAUUGAGCCAGUGUACGGACAGCAGUCACUUGUUCACUCUGCCAUCGAGCGCUCAUCCGGAACCAGCCAACGAGGCAGACCAUCAACAACGAUGUGCCGUGCUCUUAAAUGCAUGGGUUUCCGCUGUUCUGCAACGCCCCGAGCUCGUGCCCAAGGUCCUUCACCAUUUUUUAAACGAACCGAGACUGCCUGAAAUUCUAGCUCAAGCCAAAGAGCCUAAUCAGCAUUUGGCGGGAACAGUGGCUGUCUUCUCCUGUUUACAAAAGUUAUUGGAGAACCAGUUGACUGCUCGACAACCUCGACCAUCGCUUGGUGACUCUUCUACUGACUCUUUCGUCGCUGAAUUUCAACCAGAACCCCAAGCUCAGCGCUUAGCCUCUGAUAUGCUUGGUCGCGUUUUGGUCCUGGUGGCGUUGACAGCCAACGAGACAACCGAGGCCGGUUUCGCCCUGGACACAGCCUUGCAACUGCUCAAACGCUCGGAAACCGCCCUGCCGAUCAUCUCUCUUUACCUCAAUGCGCUUGAGGCCCUGCGUAUCCUUGAUCACCGCUGGCCAAUUUUUGCCAAUCAGAUAAUCACCGUGGCACGCUCUCUUCUUCUGGGUCAAAUGCCUGCACUUGUGCGCGUGCACAAGCGUCUGACCGCUUCCAAACACGCGGCAGACUAUGAGGAUGCUCUCACAACUCUGUGCUCGCAGCUAGCCCGGCUGCUGCGUGCCAACACCGUCGACAGCCCUCGCCAGCUGACGGCGAUGAAAGAAUUUCUCUCUAGUGUCACCUCACAUCUCCAUCUUGCCGAGACCAAUGUUCGGGCCAUUUGUAUCGUCAAUGCGGCUCGUGUUAUCUGCGAACUCUUCCGCUACACACGUGGGCUCAACAAUGCCACAGAGUUUGAUAAGCUUUUGCAACACUGCAUCCUCAACUUUCGCAGCAUCGCCCUCCGGCCCGACUUGAAGGUGGAUGCGAGCAUUGCCGAGGCAAUUGCACGGCUGGGAGCCAUCAACCCAGCGGCCUUUGAGCGGUCCUUUGAUUGUCUUUUACAAAUGCUGCUUCAUGUGUGCAAGCCAGAGUCCAAGGCCGAGACACCAAAUAGCCCCUUGUCAACGCGGGCUGCCACGACCACAGCUUUACCCUCAAGCAUGGGUCCAGUCGACUCAGCCAAUAGCAAUCCUACACCUCUGAUUCACCAAAACAGCCCAUCGGUGUUGGCUCUCGUCGGAACGAGUAUCGCAUCCAAUGAUAUACCAGCGUAUGCCGGUGUUGUACAGGACCAAUUGCUCAAACUGUGCGGCGCUGCCAUAGCAGUUGCUUCAUCACAUCACCUCGAGCGCUUGGCAACCGUUUUUGUACAAAUGGCGCGGCAAACGCUCAUGACUAUCCCCGCCACGGACAGUCUUUCUGAACGGCGGCAACGCAUGUGGCCCCUUCUCUGCUGCGUAGGUACGCUGGCCUCACACUUUCAAGGAUCAACGCCCCCCGUGUUUUCAGAUGAGGCCGUUGCCACCAUGCGCACCCUGUGGUGUACGCUGGUUCUUUUGGACUUCCAUACCGAUCAAGCCGAGAUCGAGCAACCCAAGCUGCAUGAAGCCCUCGUGAAUUUGGCUUCCGUCAUGCCUCGCUUGGUUGCAGCUCAGGUGGCGAGCUACUUUGAUGCUGAAGUCGAAGCAACCUUGGAUCGCUUCAAGGCACACUUGACUCCUACACGCGUGGCCCAGCUGACCAAGCAGCUGAGUGCGGCGCUGCCUCAGCAUCCAGAGCUCAGCCAAGAGGUUGCACGCCUCAGCCCAAACUUUGCUCUGUAUGUUCUAGCCAUCAUUCACGCCGAGCGAUUGCGGUUUGAAGAUCCCGAGGCCAACUUUUUCGUGACCUUUUCCUAUUUGGAGCACCGUGGUUUGCUGCAGCCUAGCCGUCUUCGUGUGGUCACAGGGCUGGUCGAAGCGUUGUUUGAAAAGUAUCUAGCAGUGCUUGCUCAACAGCGGAGCGGGCGUCGAGCUUCAUCGCGGGCCGAGGACUUGGCCAUCUUCCUCUUAGUGCAGUUUACACACCGUUUUACAGAGGUUUCGGCCGUUGCCGAUCGUCUUCUACCUUUGAUGACAAAACGCUUCCCGUUUGUCGUCUGGAGUGAUCGUGUGAUCUCUGCUUGCCUGGAUUUGGUUGAUUUGGUCCACAAGAACAUGAAGGCCUUUGAUCCAGUCAGCUUGAACUGCGAAGUCGAGUUGCCCUACCCGCCUUAUAAAUGCGUCUUACCAGCACUGUUGGAGGCACGCCUUCGCAUUCUGAGCACCUUCAAAAAGCGCUGCGUCGAUCUUGUCACGCAUGCCCUUCAACAUAGCGCGAAGGAAACGACGGCUAUUUUGCAAGCAUACAUCUCACGUCUCUCCUCCCAUGAGCUUUCAACCCGCGAUCAUCCUGGGCUUGAGGUUGCGCUCCGCUGUUUGAACUGCAGCGCCGAGGAUCACGGCUCAUCUAUUCCAAGCUUACUGGGCCCUGCCUUGGCCUUGCGCAACCGCUAUCGCGGUGAGCUUCUUGGCAUUCUCCUUUCAAAGAAUAGCAGCCAAAACAAGGUCGGAGGGACUUCGGAAAGUGUCCUCAGCUAUGAACACCUCCACGAUGACAAUGGGCUAGACUCGACCGUGCUCCCCUUGCCCAACGCUGAACUGGCACCAGACGUGCAGUACCCCGGCCUCGAAGAAUGGCGCGGCAACGUGUUGGACCGACUGCAUGGUCUGACAGAUUUGUUGAUCGUGGCACGCGAGCGAAGUUUGGCCAACGAUGAAUUGGUGUCCUUGCCGCGCAAUCUUCGACAGCAACUCGGCCUGGAUGAUGAAGCAUCUACAUUGACUCAUCUCAUUGAGCUCUUUGACGAAGCCAU